CGAGCAGCGUACUCAGCGCUGAGUGAUGUGAAGGACCAGACCGGUCUCCAUGGCAACCCCAUCUCCCUCCUCCCGAGUGACGCGAGUGAUGCUCAGAGUCAGCGCAAGGUUUGCAUCCUCCUGCCGCUUCCCACGGUCUCUCCUUACUGUACACAAGGGAGCUAGUAAAUAAGUGAAAUACAUGGUAGAUACACGAGGAGGGGGAGGGGCAGUGUGCUGACCUGUGUGUCCCUGUGUCUGUGAGAUGGCGCUGAUCCCAUGCCAGGUGCUGCGGGCCGCCAUCCUGCUCUCCUACCUGUCCGUGCUCUGCCACUACAAGGCCAUAGAGAUGCCCGCCCAUCAGACCUAUGGGGGCAGCUGGAAAUUCCUCACAUUCAUUAACCUGGUCAUCCAGGCUGUCUUCUUUGGAAUCUGUGUGUUGACAGACCUUUCCAGCCUGCUGACAAAGGGAAGUGACAACCAGGAACAGGAGAGACAGUUAAAGAAGCUGAUCUCCCUCAGAGACUGGAUGAUGGCGGUAUUAGCCUUUCCGAUAGGAAUAUUCGUAGUAUCGAUGUUCUGGGCCCUUUAUCUAUAUGACAGAGAGCUAGUUUACCCAAAGCUUCUGGACAAUUUCAUACCACCUUGGCUAAAUCAUGGAAUGCAUACAACAGUAUUACCAUUCAUAUUAAUCGAGAUGAGAACAGCACACCAUCAGUAUCCAAGCAGAAGUGGAGGCAUUGCUACAGUUUGCUUCUUUGCUGCUGGUUAUAUUUUAUGGGUGUGCUGGGUUCACCAUGUGACAGGGGUAUGGGUGUACCCUCUCCUGGAACACAUCAAUCCAGGAGCCAAAAUAAUCUUCUUUCUCGUAGUCACAGUUAUUCUUAACAUGUAUUACAUUUUGGGAGAGAAACUCAACAGCUACAUUUGGGAAUCUGAGAAAUCUUUUAUGGAGCCCAGAGAGAAACGAUCCAAAAUUGACUGACUGUAACUCAAUAUCUUUCUUCUGCAUUCACUGGUAUCAACUGGAAGAGACUUACAUCAUGCCUAUCAGAAGAAUUGAGACUUUUAAAAAAACAUUUAAAUGCUGAGAAGAUCGCUCCUGUAUAGCAAGGCUCAGGCAUAUCAACUGUUCUGAAAUAGGAUGUUGAAAUUUAACUACAUCCUCGUUUUGCAAAAAUUGACAAUAAACAUUUAACUACCGGCGACGCAAUUAAUAUAAACCUUUUUUUUCAAGGUAUUUAGAAACUGUCAAUUCACAUGCAUGCAUUCAUAAUGAAUAUUGUAAACUAUGAUCUGCAUAUUCAGUUUUUCCCACAAUACCAAAAUCAAGAAUCUAAAAAAGAUUUUUUAGAAGGCAUAAGACUUCCCAUAUAGGACUACUUAGUUUAAAUAUUCAAUUCAAUAUUCAAGAGCAGUACCUGAUUAUUAGUUUGUCUACUAUAAUAAGGCUCGGGUUUAUUCAUUUGGUGAAAUAAAUGUGAAAAAAUACUUUUCGUUUAUCUGUAAGAGUGGCUUGGUCCACUAAAUUAACUAAGUGCUUACGUGAUUGAUUAGAGCUCCCAUGUAAGUAACCUGAUAGUAUUACUAUAGUAACCAUGAUAAAGAUGAAAUAGUGAAGGCUUUAGAAUAAUGUAUUGCCCAUAGCCACAGUUUAUAAAAUGCACAAAAAUGUUACCUUCUCAAAAUUGUAAACUAGUUCAAGCAGGUACCUAAAUCUCUUGCUUCCCCUUAACAUUUUAAAUAGUGUGUCUCUUACUUGCUGUUAUAUUCCCACAUCAAUAUGUAAAGUGCUGAAGAAAACGUUGGCCCUAUACACAUACCAAUGAUAGCAAAAAUAAUUAUGUUUUAAAUUGUGAUAUGAUUUGUUCAAUUUGCCUGUUUGGAGUGCAAAUAAACUCUUAAAAAUAAUAAUUGUUUGUAUAUACAUGGCUCAAAAUGUAAGGUCCUAUGCUAGAAAUCUUGCUCGAAUUAUGUGCACAACUGCUAACUUCCUCUUUUAAUGUCACCUCUGCAAAUUGAUAAGGCAGACGCACGAUCAGUCACCCUGUUCCCAAAUGACUUACUUAACAUCUGAGAAUUCCUUCGAUGUCAGUGCAAAUAGUAGUUACAGAUGGCCUAGGGACUCCACAAUAUUUGUAGUUUUUACAAUUAUGCCACAAAGACAUUAGGAAAACAAUUAAAACAGAAUGAAAAUAAAUGACACACUUGUAAUAAUAUGGUAGACUGGGAUAUUUGUUUUAUUACAAUUGGACCAAAUUCCCAAAAAAGUGAAUAUGUAGCCGAAUCACGAAUCAAACAACUCACGCGAUGUAUGAGCAUGUCCAUUUUAAUACGUGAUUUGGAAUUCCACCUAUGGCACCAAAAAAUAUGAAUUAUAGGAAAAAAAUGAUUGAUGGCUAGAGGACAUUCAAUAAAUGUUGAUUUUAUUCACAUAUCAAGUGA